CUUUGACCUUUAAAUUAGUUUUUGUCUGGUACUGUAUGGUGAUUUUAGGCACUAAGUAGCUAGACAAAGAUAGCAUGCUUUAGCCCAUUGCGUGAGUUACAAGAAACUAAGUACUUCUCUUGGAUCACUUCUACUCGUACUCAGACGCAGUAAAAACUGGGAGGCGUUUAGAAAGCGUGCAUCAAUUGGAAUGGAGUCAGACGGCAGCUUGCUGGACGGUGCCUCUCUGGCUAACGAGUGGAGUCUACCUGUACUGCCAGAAGAUAAUUCCUCACAUCCGAGCAGCUCUCAAGAAAUGGCUGACAUAUUCGGAACAAGUGACGACGAAGAAGUCGUUGAUUUCCCAUUUGGUCUAUCUUCUGACUUACCCGUCCCCAAGGGCUUUGAAGAUAUUACUCUGCCAGGGGGAAAUGGAAAUUCUCUUCUCAGUAACGCAGACUCUGAGUUGUUUCUAGCGGGAUUUCGUCCCUCAGAUAGCAGGGAGGCAACAAAGGCCAGCCCCCAAAAAGAAGAAGUACAAAAGGAGCGUGAAAUUGAACCACAAGAUGAAAAAAUGGAGACUGUUGAGAAACAAAAUGAUAAUAAGAAAGAUAUUGAACCUGUCUCAGAUCACACUGAGAGUACAAAGGAGCCAGCAGCCGCAACUGAAGAGAGUGCUGAAACUCCGCCCAGUAAAGAAGCGGAGGCUUUAGUUCGCAAAAGUGCUCGUCUGAGAGCUAGAGUGGGUGACACAGAGAGUUGCUCAGAGCCAGAGCAUGUUGAACCCUCCAAGCAGCCUCCUCCUCCUCCUGAGACACCACCCCCACCACCGGUGAAAGAAGAGUCACCGAUACUAGAGCCAACAGGGGAGGAGGGUAAGAUGGAGGAUGUGGUGGUUGAGAAGAAGAAAGAUAGCAGCCCGACUGUGAGUAGCAGUGAGGACUCUGGGUCUGAUGAUGACAGUGAGGGAGAGGACCCUAACAAGCUGUACUGUAUCUGUCGACAGCCUCAUGAUGACAGGUUCAUGAUUUGCUGUGACGUGUGUGAGGACUGGUUCCAUGGCAACUGCGUGGGGAUCACCGUGGGACAGGGCAAGAAAAUGGAGAGAGAGGGAAGAGAGUAUGUGUGUCCUGUCUGCUUGCAGAGGCAGCACAUGACCAAGGAGGAGGCAGCUGCUAGCAGGUCUGCCAGACAGCUGCAGAGGGAGGUGGCCAGAGAUAAGGUCAUCAAGAAGAAACUGGCUGCCCAAGGCCUCACUGAACCACAUGCUAAGCGUCGGCGCACUCUCUCUGGCUCUACUCCCACGGAUGGGUACGGGAUGUCUCAGUUGUUCCUCCCGGACAAUGCCCCCCGUGGGGGGGACGUGAGCAGCACUUCGGAACAAGAGGACGUUAAACCUAAUGCAAAUGAUCUGCUUUACUACGACUGUGUCAUCUCUAGCUGCCCCAACAAGUCCUUGCCACCAUCCAUCUACUGUAGCUCAGAGUGCAUUGAGAAACAUGUGAGCAGCUCCCUCAGGAGGCUGGCUAGUCGCGGUAUUAAAGUAUCAACAAAUGCUUCUGAGUUUGUGAAGGGCUCUGGUGGUGUCGGUGUAGUGGAGAAGGCCACUAAUAAGAUACUGAUGGGAAUGUGUGCCCCCAGUGAGAGAGAGUUGGUGCCCUGGCUGCAAUCUCACCCAUCCUACCAAGUCCUCAUUCCUGACAAGGGGAAGAAAUCCAAGCUGAAGUCCACUAGAGUGAAAGUGAAAGCUGAGGCAAAGACAGAGGAGAUCAAGUACCCCACUCUCAUGGACCCUGACUCAGUACGUGCCAAUGCCAAGAAAGCUCUCUAUCAGAUACUGUGGAAGAGGCACGGGGACGCUGCUGACAUGUCCUCAGUCACACAGUCUGCAGUGGAGGCCAUUGCUCACGACAUAGAGGAGAAGCUAUUCAACCUCAACCAAGACAUCAACCCCAAAUACAAGAAUAAGUAUCGUAGCCUCAUCUUCAAUCUCAAGGACUCCAAAAACCAGGGUCUAUUCAGGAAAGUGCUGACUAAGGAGAUAGGCUCACGUGAGCUGGUGAGGAUGAGCAGUGAGAAGCUGGCAUCCAAAGAGCUAGCAGCUUGGAGGGAGAGCACCCUCAAGAAGGACCUGGAGAUGAUCAAGCAACGUGAAGAGGAGGCUGGAGCUCUCGGAGAGGUUAUCAGAAAGGUCACUCACAAGGGAGAAAUAGAGAUAGACUCCUCUGAGAUAGGAGACAAGGUUAUUAUGGAGAGUUCCUCCAUUACUGACUCCCCCAAACCAGCCCGUGUGGAGUCAACCAAGCUUGACUCAAAACCCCAUUCCAAGUCUAAAAAGCAAUCAUCUGAUGCCAAGAGCCCAGACAAUAAAGGGACUAGCGGAGGUGGCAUCUUGGCUCUACUGCAGAGCACCACCUCAGAGCAUGGUCAGCACUUGUACGAUCAUCACUGUGAUAUCUGUACGGGGAAGAUGAAGCCGCCCACUCUCUCCACAUCUCCCCCACCCUCACCAGACUCACGCAUGCACGAGGACGCCCACACCACAGAGCACACAUCCCCUGACUCUGUGGUGAAGCCUCUGUCCCCUGUCCCCCAGUAUGACCCACACAAGGUUCUGUGGAGGGGACCUGUCAGUAUGGUGGGGCUGUCUCAGUUCUCCUCCACUGCCUAUCCCGUGUCUGGCCACACAGAUUAUAUUGCAGAGCACCUACCCAAGGCCAUGCAUGUGAUGGGCAGGAUAGCGUAUGCACAGGUGUGGGACUACCUGGACAAGAUACGGAGCAGUGGCAGCAAGGAAAUCUGUGUGAUUCACUUUGGUUGGCCAGAGGAGGAACAAGAUGCUUACGUCUCCAUGUUCAACUACCUCCUGAGAAAGCAUCGCUCUGGAGUUAUCAUCUCCAGUGGUCCUGAUGCUAUCAAGGACAUGUACCUUGUGCCCCUCCCCGGACAUUGGGACGUACCCGAGCAGCUGCUGCCAAUCACUGGACCAGGUCUCCCUGUGGGCAGAAGUGACAUGAUGCUGGGUGUGAUUGUCCACAGCAAGAGCAGGAGGAUGUCUCUACACUCCAACCACUCCUCUCCUAUCACUCGCAUCAAGGCCGAGGUUACCUUCAAGAGACACCGCUCCUCAUCAAACGAUACAGAAGGUCUGCAACGAAAGAAAAACAAAGUUGAGAUAGGAUUUGGUGACCGAACCCCCCCUCCAAUUAGUUCAAAGCACCGAGCAGAGAUGAAAAGAGAGCCUGUAAAAAAUGAAGAUGAUGACAGUACUCCGUAUUCUCCCUCAAAAAUGUAUGAAGACUCUUCGUUUGAUGAUGCUCUGAGUUCAAAACCUGCUGUCGAAGUUAAGAAAGAAAAACCUAAAACUGUGCAAAUGUCAUUUUACGGCGAACAUCAACCAGCCAGCUCCAAGUCAACCGUUGCAGUACCCUCACCCGUCAAAGCUAUACCUGUAGUUAAUUCCCCUAAACCUGUAGCUACUUCCUCUGAAGAUACCACUAAUAAACUGAUUGACAUUAACACUACAGCUGUGGCUGCAUCACUGAAGAGUGCCCUCAACCUCCCACCUACUGCUAACAUUCAAACUCUCCUUGCCAAUCUAUCCAGCUCUAAACUGAAGGAGCUAGCCUCUGCUGUGUCGACUUUAGAGAAAAUCUCCGAUGGGCCUAUAGAUCAAUCAACCCUGGCUGCUGCAGGAACUGGGAAACUAAGAGCUGUUUUUAGUUCAGACGGGCCUAGUAACUCAUCACCCCCUGUGCCUAGUGUUCCUGCCAGCGGACCCAGUGAGCCCCCACCACAUCGACAAUCACUCCAGCAGGUAACACCUCAGGACCAACCGACACAUCUCUAUCAACCACAAGAGUCACAGUUUCGUACCGAGUGGGACCAACGUCACCAACGGCCUCCAUUUCGUCCUGAACCACCUCCUCCUCCCCAGCAGCAGCAGCAGCAGUACCACCCUCAAGAUACUCCCUACCAGCAACCAACACCUAACCAACCGCCUCCUCCUAAUCACGGCCCAAUGAAUGACCUCCCCCCACCGCCUAGUAACGAUCCUUCGUACCCCCCACCGCCUAGUAACGAUCCUUCGUACCCCCCACCACCUAAUAACGAUCCUUCAUAUCCUCCUCCACAGCAUAAUGACCCAUCCUCCUAUCAUCCUCCACAAGCAGAGCAGCAUUCUUGGAGAGACCCGCGCACAAAUUGGGGACAGCAGCAACAAUAUCAACACGAGCACCAACAACCACAAGAUGAUGGCUGGAACAGAGAUGAGAGAUUCAACAACAAUAGUGGGCGUGGUUAUAGGGGCGGCUACAGGGGACGUGGGGAGAGGAGGGGAACAUGGGAUAAAGACCAUCGCUCAGAACACGGAGAUAGAUACAGAGGCUAUCACACAUGAUUGUUGGAAACUAUAUUAUUAGUAUUGGAACAUUAUACUUUGCCAUCUCUUUGCAACGACUAUUCCAUUUUCCACGAUAAUAAUUAUUUUUGGCAUGCGUAGUUUACUGAUUAUUACAUGUACGUAUUUCAUUAAACGACAAUCAAUUGAUCAUAAUUAUGAAAAAAAUUA